AUGUCGCCGCCUAACGUGCUUCCCGCCGACGCGGUAGCCCCAAGACUUGACUACUUAUUGCGACGUGCCCGUGACGUCAAGCAAAGUACGGCGAUUGACCCUCCACUCCAGGUUUCCGAGCUUGUACCGGAGAACGAGCCUCUUCUCGGCGAGAUCGAAGGAGGGAAAGAAGUACGGACGCUUGCUGUCGAGAGUGCAGCUAAGAGUGUUUUCUAUGCCAACCUUGGUUCGACUCGGAUUGAGGAGCCGGCCUUUGUAACUGUUUGGAAUCUACUGGAUAUCCUGCAGUAUUGCGGGGAUCGAGACCUCUGCUCUCCGCAACUCGUCCUCCUGCUCAUUGAAGAGUUGCUUGACAGCCAGUCAAUCUCAGGAUGUCGUGUGGUAUUCAACUUUCUCGAGUCGAGGAGAGAAACCAUCAUCGCGAUCAACUCCAAGAAUAAGGACCUUGUUAUCUUGAGAUUGUGCAAUGAGCUGCUCCGCCGGCUAUCUCGCGCGGAAGAUCCAGUCUUCUGUGGGCGUGUCUAUAUAUUCAUGUUCCAGAGCUUUCCCUUGGGCGACAAGAGUUCGGUAAACCUGCGGGGAAACUUCCACGUCGAAAACGUAACGACAUUCGAGGACUUUCUGAAGGAAUCAAAACCGGAAGAGGACUCUAUGCAAAUCGAUAUCGACGGGCCUGCUCCUGCUACCAAGGAAGAUUCGAAGUCAGAGGAGCCAGCCAUCCUGUCUGGCGAUAUCGACAAAAGCAAAGAUGCGAAACCUACCACACUUGAUACCGAGUCUCUCUACCCCGUGUUCUGGUCUUUACAGCACUCUUUCUCAAAUCCACCAAGGCUUUUUGAAGAGGACAAUUUCAAGCAAUUUCAGAAGAGCUUGGAGGCGACGCUAGCCAAAUUCAGGGAGGUGCCAAAAGUCAUACAGGCCGGAGAUUCAGAGCGAAAGAAGGGACAAAAAUCACGGGAAGGCGACGACUACGAUGCAUUCGCCAACUCCUUUAAUCCUAAAUAUCUCACAAGCCGUGACCUGUUCAAACUUGAGCUGAGUGAUCUCGCCUUCCAACGUCACAUCCUGGUCCAAGCACUGAUACUCAUCGACUUCCUGUUGACCCUGACCGAGGGGUCCAAGAGCAAGCCAUUCUACCAAAAUGCGCAGAAAGCGAUGCAGUACAAUUUCACACUCCGCGAGGAAGACACCGAGUGGGCAUUGGGCAUCAAGACCGCCAUCGCAAAUUACCUGCAGGAAGGCCCAGAUGGCAAAUUCUACUACCGGAUGGUGGAUACCGUGCUUUCCCGCGACAAAAACUGGGUACGAUGGAAGAUGGAGAACUGUCAGCCGUUCACGCGAGAUAGAGUGCCCCCAGCAGAAUUCCAGCAAGCCAAAUCUGGGGCACAGAAAGCUGUUGUUGCUAAGAAAGCCUCGAAGCCUAUGGGGGUACCUAGUACUUUGAACUUCCUCCACAACAACGAUGCAGAGAACGGACUCUCUCAGCUACGACAACGUGACAGGUUCAAUGUGCCAAAUGCAGAGUCAUAUGCAAAAAAGGUCAAGAUGACCGACUUAGACCUGGAAAUGACUGACGCAGAGGAGGAGAAGCGGCAAGCGGGGGACAAGAAGUCUAGCUAUGUCUGGCGAGGCCUUCGUCUUGCUUCAAAGACGCAGCUAAGCUCCUUUGAUAGAAUUGAGCAUUGCAAAGGGCUGGAGGCUCUUCAGCCGGCCACCUCUUCCAUUGAGGCGACGGGUGUUGACGCUGCACCCACUACUUCGGAUGACCAGGGGGUAAUUCCGCAAGACGAGCAUCAGAGCGUCGAGGAGCAGCGGCCCGACCAACGCAGUCAAGUGACUGCGGAACCAGCGGCGUAG